ACACCUUGCUGAGUUCCGGGACCGGUCUGUGCUCAGAGCCCUCAGAUGCAUCCGCCUCACCUAAAGCAAAUGCAGAAGACCCAAGCCCUGGGUGGAGGCGGGUAACCUCCAGACUCGCUCCCGGGCUGGAGGAAAUCCGGUGCCCCUCUGCGGAUAGAGGCAGUCCUAGACCGCCUCACUGGACAAGAGCUGCAGCCUCUGCCACCGUGCCAGCUCUUCCACAAGAAGCUUAGCUUGCUCUCGAAGUGGCUCUUGAAGCUGUUUAUUGGAUUGUGCAGUUAUCGCCCAUUCGUGGAACAGUUGACAAGUGAGCAAGUGCAGUCCACGCAUGGAGGUCAGGGGACAACUUGCAAGAGCUGGUUCUCUUCUCCAACCAUGUGGAUCUAGGAUAUCCAACUCAGGUUGCCAGGCUUGCGGGUAGCCUUCAUGGCCGUUCCACAUCGUUCUCAGGAAACUUCCUAUCUGCUGCCUCCAAAUCCUGAGGACUGGGAGGAGCAGGGCAUCCCCGACUUUGUCUACGGACAGAAGGAUCUUGUCAGCAAGGAAAUUCAGUGGCCAAAGAAUUCACCCAGCGCUCUGAACUCACUACCACUGUCUCGCUUUGACUCUGCCCUCUGCUCUGCAUGGAGGCAGCGGGUGGAGCUGGGCCUGUUUCGAUACCGCCUCGAAGAUCUGCAGACCCAAAUCCUCCCUGGUUCCGUGGGGUUUGUAGCUCAGCUGAAUAUAGAGCGAGGGAUACAGAGGAGGCGCCCCCAAAAUAUCAAAAGUGUGAGGCAGGAGUUUGACCCGGAACAGUUUAACUUCAAUAAAAUCCGACCUGGAGAAGUCCUUUUCCGUAUGCAAAGGGAGCCUAAUGGCCCAGCUGCUCCAAAGCAAGAGGAUGUCCUUGUAGUGAUCAAUGUCAGCCCCCUGGAGUGGGGCCAUGUGCUGCUGGUACCCACACCUGCUCAUGGGCUUCCUCAAAGGCUGCUACCUGGAGUGUUGAGGGUGGGGUUAGAAGCUGUACUACUGAGCCAGCACCCAGGCUUCCGGGUCGGCUUCAACAGCCUGGGAGGUCUGGCCUCUGUGAACCAUCUUCACCUGCAUGGCUACUACCUGGCCCACCCACUGCCUGUGGAGGGAGCACCAAGCACACCCCUGGACCCGAAAGGCUAUAUACAUCUGUUGCAAGCCCUCCCAGCUCCUGGCUUCCUCUUUUACACGAGUGGGCCAGGGCCUGAUUUGGAAGCAUUAAUUAGCAGGGUAUGCCAAGCUACUGACUACUUGAGUGACCAUGAGAUUGCCCAUAACUUAUUUGUAACCCGGGGAGCUCCACCCGGGCAGGCAUCAUCUACCUCAGACCUCAGUGGGAUCCGAGUCAUUCUGUGGGCCCGGAAGUCCAGCUUUGGAAUUAAGGAAAGUGGAGCUUUCAAUGUUGCCCUCUGUGAGCUGGCCGGCCACCUCCCUGUCAAAACAUCUCAGGACUUCAGCAGCUUGACCGAGGCAGCUGCAGUGGCCCUCAUUCAGGACUGUCUGCUGCCCCAAACUCAGGCAGAUGAGGUACAGGCAGCGCUGGUGGCCCUAAUGGCCCAGGAAGAGCUGUGAUCCUUCAGAAGCGUUUUCUUUGCUGACUGACUCGAGGCCUUUUCCCAAAGACUGUGGUCAGUCCAUUUGUGUAUUUCAGGUCAUGACUGCCUUCCAACCUCCCACUUAAGGACUGCAAAGAAAGCACUGAGUGAAUGUGUUCUCAUGAAUGUUUCUGCUGCCUCUCACGUCUCUUCUUAGAGAAGCCCCUGUGUAACAGAUGUACCAUGAAGGGCCAGCUCCUACCUUUUCAGAGGGAGGAGUGCUUGCUGCCAAAUCUCUUGACCUGAGUUCAGCCUCCAGAACCCAUAGGGUAAAGGUCGUCUUCUGACUUUCACAUGUGCACCACAACACACACACACACACACACACACACACACACACACACACACACACACACACACACACAAAUGUAUCUCAAAACAAGAUUUUUUUAAAAAGUAAAUGUAAAAAGGAAUUUUGCUUUGUUUUGUUUUUCAAGACAGGGUUUCUGAGUGCAGACCUGGCUGUCCUGGAGCUCUGUGGGCUAGAUCUACCUGCCUCUGCCCCCGAGUGCCAGCAUUAAAGGUCUGUACCACCACCACCCUGCUAAGGAAAAGAAAAUUUAAAUGGAGAGUGUGAGAGUCUUAAAGUCCUGGUUUGUCAGUGUUCUGAGACUUCUAGGUCGAUCUAAGAAAGAGGGUCCCUCCAAUAUAAAAUAUGACCUUGUGGGCAGCAAGGACAUCCAGCCUCAAUGUUGGAACAGCCACCCAAAAGCAUAUUUCUUGAUUGUUACACAAAAGUUGUUUUUGUUUUGUGUUGUUUUGUUUUGUUUUGUUUUGGACAAGACAAAGUUCUCAUGCCAAACCUAGUCUGUUUGUUCCUGAAGGAAGCCAUCAUGCCCUGCAGCUUCAGUCCUUACCAUGUGCCGUCUGCAGUGCCCAACACCGCACAUUCCAGUGAGCCGGGACCGUCUAGGAAAACCGCAAAGCUCCUUCAGGAAAACAGUUCUAUAGACAGUAGAAAACAAUCAGUCUUCUCUUUAACGAUUUCUUCAAAGUACUUCUGGAAAACAGCCACUCUGAUGUCUACCCUAGAUUCUAAGGAUUCCAUUAGAUUUCUUACUACACCGGUUGCUAUCUGGACUUCUUCACCUUUGGUUAUGGAUGCAGCCAGCUACCUUGUCUUACCUUUGCUCUUGUCCCUUUGUGCGCCACUGACUCUUACAGGGUCUCACUGUGUAGCCCUGGCUGUCCUGGAACUCACCCUGUAUACCAAAGUGAUCUUGAACUCAGAGAUUCUGCCUGCCUCUGCCUCCUGAGUGUGAGCCACUAAGCUCAGUAGCCCAAGCUCCCCUCAGACUCUCCAAAUCAAAGAACCCUGUCCUAGUUUUCCUGAAUCUCUGGGGCUCCAGCUUUGCCUAUGGCUGCUUUAUUGACUGACUUUGCCCCUUACCCCCGUGUAUUUGACACUGCUUCAUCCAGCUCAACUUCUCAAAAAAAUAAAGAAAAAUCGAUCCUUUUUUUCUAGCUCCCAGUAA